UUCAUCUCGCUUGGAUCGAUCGGCUUGGCGCUCGAAGCGAUCGAUCUUAAUGCGCAAGAAUCGUCGACGAUGCACAGGGCGCAGAGCGCCAAUCUUUCUCUAGAAGCUAGCUACGCAACGAAUGCCGUCUAUCUCCACACAUCCCCGACGCGAGCGGCGAACGGCGUCAUUCCCAGAAGCAUCAGCAUGGUGGCCAUCGAUCUCCCGUCCGAUAAUCCCCUCCAUCACAGCAGCAAUGGCGGCAGUGGCGGCAGUGGCGGCAGCGACACCGACGAUGCCGAGCGGCAGCUCCUCCACGACAACAAGAGGCCGGCCUCCAAAUUCCUCAAGCCCGAGAGCGCCAUCCAUUUGAUCCCACUCGUCCUCUUCAUCUGCGCUUUGAUCCUCUGGGCGAGUAGCACAUCCGUCGUUCGCUAGCCAGGGAGCGAUCCAUUAGCGUAAAUGUUUGACAUAAGAACGAAAGCGGCAGCGCUGUUCUCUUCCCGGAGCU